UUUCUCACUAAUACAUCGUAUCCCAUGGUUCAUGAACGAUGCCCAACAUGGGGAGGUUAGUCAUUGGAGUAAUAAUUGCUGUUAUGUCUAUCAAAACGAUAGUCACAGCAAACCAUGGUCAAUGCCGUCGACUGUUGGACUUUGUUUGUGUUGUGGACGGAUCUGACAGUAUUAACGAAGAGGACUUCCAAACUCUGUGCGAUGUUGUAGAAAAAAUGGUGGAUGAGUUUGAAAUAUCUCCUGGGGAAGUUCGUAUGGGUUUAGUGGUGUUUAGCACAAGAAUUGCCACGACAAAACCGCUUACUUCCAACAGGGCAAAAUUGAAAGUGAAAAUAAGAAACUUUCCCCAUCCUCAAGAAGGUACCAACACAGCACUGGGGAUCAAAACGAUGCUCGAUAUUUUUACCUCAGACAAGUUACGGAGAAAGCGUCCCGACAUCCCUGCCGUGGGUAUGGUUCUUACAGACGGUCGCUCCAAAAGUAUGCUGAAAACAUUAAAGCAGGCAAGGAAAGCGAAAAGAAAUGGUAUUGAGAUGUUUGCUGUAGGGAUAUCGGACCACGUAAACAUGACGGAACUUAAUGGGAUAGCAUCACGACCAGAAAAUGUACUUACUGUCAAAACAUUUAACCAGCUGAGAGAUUCGAUCGACCGUCUGGUUAAAAUGGUUUGUCCAACUACCACGACAACAACAACCACGACAACUACAACUACCACGCCCACAACAACUACCACACCCACCACAACUACCACACCCACCACAACUACCACGCCCACAACAACCACCACACCCACAACAACUACCACGCCCACAACAACUACCACCCCCACAACAACUACCACGCCCACAACAACAACCACACCCACAACAACUACCACGCCCACAACAACUACUGCGCCCACAACAACUACCACGCCCACAACAACCACCACACCCACAACAACUACCACGCCCACAACAACUACCACACCAACCACAACUACCACACCCACCACAACUACCACACCCACCACCACUACCACGCCCACAACAACCACCACACCCACCACAACUACCACGCCCACCACAACUACCACGUCCACAACAACUACCACGCCCACAACAACUACUACGCCCACAACAACUACCACGCCCACAACAACUACCACGCCCACAACAACUACCACGCCCACAACAACAACUACAACACCAACUACAACAACGAUCAAGCAAGAAAUAUAUCACGCAUCAUCUUUUAGGAAGACACUCAAGAUUGUAAAUAUACGAAAAUUGGCCAUCAAGCAACAGAAAGAACAACGCAAAAAAACAACUGGUUGGAUUAAAGGUCCAUGUGACGAUUGCAGUAUGAUGAAUGGAGUAGGCUAUAAUUCACACCCAAACAUCUGCAGCAAGUUUAUUCAGUGUUACUUUGGACCCCAUGGGAAAAUGAGAGCGUCCUAUAGAGAGUGUCCGUUUGGCUUCUUCUUUGAUCCUGAUGUCAUGGCAUGCCGUCUAUCGUACCAGUGCAACUGCAAAAGGGAUAAAUGUAAGAUGCGUCCCCAUCUAAAAUCCUAUCCAUACAAAGGAAUACAAAACUGUCGUGCAUAUUGGUUGUGUAAAAGGGAUGUAUCUACGGCCAGAUGUUGUGCUAAAGGAUAUCGAUACAGGCGAGGCUAUGGCAAAAAUAAAUGUGUCAAAGACCCCGGAUGUCAAGAUGAAUGUCCACCAACACUUACAUCAGUAUCAAAAUGCGAGACUCGCAUGGUGUUUAGUAACGCUAAAGUAUACGAGCAAUUCAUCACAGGAUGGAAUAUGUGGGUGCCACGCCCAUGUGCACCUGGGAGCUUAUAUGAUGCGGAUAAGUGCGCAUGCACAGGACACGUAUCUCACAUUCCUCCCAAACGAAAAUGUAAACCUGAAGUAUAUCUACCAUUUACAAAGGAUCUUAAGGAUCAUUCAGGUUCACACAGCUAUGUUCAGAAUUACAAUGUAAAACGAACCAAAAAGGGCUACGCGUAUUUCAAUGGAAGAUCAAAGCUUAUCAUUCCCAGAUAUUCGAAUGCCGAUUUCAAGGAAAUUGUGAUCAAGAUCCGUUUUAAGGUCAAAAAGUGUAAAUCAGUGCCUCGCAGGCGACCGAAAUUGAUGGCACUUGUCAGCAACAGUGACUGCUGCAAUGACGACGCUUCCCUCAUGAUGGUUCUCAGCCAAUUCUCUAUCCAUUACAUGGCAAUUACAAAACAUCAUGAGCUUGCCUCCUUUCAUAUUGCUAAAAAUGAUGGCUGGAACGAUGCGUACUUUAUUCAUGACACUAAGAACCUGUGUGGGCGCUGUAAUGGAGCCGUGAAGACCGCACCCUCUCCAGGUAGUAUUAAAAGAACACACACAGGGAUCCAUAUUGGUUACGGAAGGGGAUUUGACAACUUUAAGGGAUAUAUUGAUGAGAUAAAGAUCUACCGGUGUCGGCCAGAUUUUUUAAAAUCACAGAAAAAAUACUGAUAUUGUAUUUUCCGUAAGUCUAAAACCGCAAUUGUCACUUGCAAAUUACCUGCCUAAGUAAAAACGUUCUGCUGUCAUAGUGAUACGAGAUAAGGACAAAAUUACAGUGAUAUAUUCAUCAGAAUAUUUCAUGCUGUGUUGGCUAUCUAACUUUUAGUAAAUUCUGGAACAUAGAUGAUAAUAAACCGCUAAUGAAUAAACAAAUAUUUUCUU